CCCGAUGGAUCGCAUUUCGGCCUCGCGUUAUCGAAAAGGGCGGCACCGUUGCAUGCGAAAGCGGCAUGAAGCCAUUGUGAGCCAAUCGCGAACAACGAGAUGAGCACCGUCGGACAACCUCGCCCAAGAUUGACUGUCGCGUGCCGGGGUAUACAUCAUGGCUCGGCAACUUGCACCUAUCUCCUCUUCAUUAUCGCUUGGGUAUAACAUGUCUAUUUGCCUCAAUGCCUCAUCGACCCAUACCAUGACAACAGCAGUUUUCUUUCAGACAUUCCGUGGUCAUGAUCGAUGAUGAUAAGUCACUAGAACUUACCAAUGGUGGAGAAGUGGGGAAGGAUGAACUUGAGGAUGUUGAAAGAGAAGAGACCACAAAAGCGGUGGAAGUGAUAUCAGCCCAAAAUAAAGAGAAGGAACAGCUUGAAGAAGCUCCCGCUCCCUCUUCGAAAUCGUCAUCAAUCAACGAGAACGAGGAUGAGCAUCGCCAGGACCUCGAAGCUCUAUCCGCUGUUCAAUCCAAUUCGCCGCCGUACUCCGUCUUCAGCCGGAGAAAGAAGCACUUCAUCGUCUUCCUCGCGGCAUGGGGUGGUUUCUUUUCGCCUCUCUCAGCCAACAUCUACUUUCCCGCCCUGACGACACUGACGCGCGAUUUCAAAGUGUCCAGUACGCUGAUGAACUUGACGCUCACGUCGUAUAUGAUUUUCCAAGGACUGGCACCUACUAUCUUUGGCGACCUGGCCGAUAUGGCCGGAAGGAGACCUGCAUACGCUAUCGGCUUCAUUAUUUAUAUAGGUGCCAAUGUGGGUCUUGCUCUCCAGAGCUCCUAUGCUGCAUUAUUCAUCCUGCGAUGUGUACAAAGUUCGGGGAGCAGCGCCACUAUUGCCCUGGGAAACGGAGUAGUAGCAGACAUAGCGACGAGCGCAGAGCGUGGCAUGUGGAUGGGCUAUGUCACCAGCGGACCGAUGAUCGCUCCAGCAAUAGCUCCGGUCAUUGGAGGACUGCUUUCCGAAUUUUUAGGAUGGAGAGCUAUAUUCUGGUUCUUAGUAAUUAUGACCGCAGCCUAUCUGAUACCCUUUCUCAUUGCCUUCCCCGAAACCGGCCGGGGCGUUGUUGGCAACGGCAGCGUGCCACCCCAGGGAUGGAAUAUGUCCCUCCUCAACUACCUCGAAGUACGUCGGACUCGGCAGGCAGGGAUGGAACUUACAAGAGCUACUUCACGCGAGCAACAGCAGGGAUUAGCCAAGAAGCGGAAACUCCGGAUACCUAACCCUCUUGGUACCUUGCGCGUUAUCAAGCAGAAGGAUGCAGGGCUGUUGCUGCUCUAUAACAGCCUGGUAUACACGGCUUUCUACGACGUGAUUGCCUCGGCACCAUAUCUCUUCGCGGAGAUCUACGGUUUCAACGACCUGCAAAUUGGACUCGCCUUUAUACCCUUCGGAGUCGGCGCCCUUGCGGCUCCAAUGACAGCAGGGCGGCUGAUGGAUUGGAACUACCGUCGAGUCGCAAAGAAAGAAGGCUUCCGCAUCGAUAAGAAAAGGGGCGAUGAUUUGAAGGACUUUCCACUUGAGAGAGCGCGGUUGCGAGUCGCCGUUCCUAUGCUCGUAUUUGGCACCGCGGCGGUUCUAUGCUAUGGUUGGAUCCUCGAAGUGGAAACGUCACUUGCCGCUCCUCUAGUCAUGCACUUUAUCGCCGGACUGUGCUUGACCGGAGCCUUCAAUUGCAUGAGCGUGAUGCUCAUCGACUACUAUCCCCUCAGCCCGUCGACAGCUACCGCCGCCAAUAAUCUCGUUCGAUGUCUCAUGGGCGCAGGGGGAACGGCCAUCAUCAAUAUUAUGAUUGACAGGAUGGGCCGAGGCUGGUGCUUCACGUUCAUCGCUGCCGUCGUAGCAGCAACGUCGCCUAUUCUUUGGGUGCUGUUAAAAUGGGGGCCUAAGUGGAGAGAGGAGAGGAGAUUGAAGAUGGAAGCAGAGAAGGAAUGAGGUGUUGGUGGGUGAUCCUGACAUGACGCUUGCCAUAACCUUCAGACUAUAGGAACAUCCAUCCUUCAGGGUGUGACGAACGAUAGCCUGGAGUGUGCGACAUACUUUUACGACACUUCGGCCUUGUGCGACCACCGCGCACGUUGAUCCU